UCCGGUUCACGGCACACGCACACGUCCAAACGCAUUUUCUGGUGUGUUUUUCUUUGCCUCAUUCGUGUUGAAGAUUUUACGCAGCUCACAUACACACUCGUUUGUGGACCGUGCUGCGUGUGGCUUCGCAUGUUGCCGGAGAAUAGUUCCGUACCGCAAAUCCGUCAUCAUCGUCAACUGGUAAGGUGCACGGGUGUGUGACGUAGCGUGCGGGCAGCGGGUACCAUUUACGUGUGCGCGUACAGUGGGAAAAUUCACGCGUGCGUACUGGGUUUGCGGGUGAUGCACAAACGGUGUAACGCCGUACAAUGUUCGCAGUUUCCCGUGCAAAAGCGAGGUACGAGGUCCGACGACGCUGUCUGCCGAAAGGUGUCCAACCACACACAUAGUUGUGCUGACCAGAGCCGUGCCGUGUUUCCCCAUUGUGUGAAUUUACAGGUGUGAACGUGGUGCAGGUGUGAAUUUUGCUGGCGUGAAACCCAUCAUUCACAGCAGGAAACGCACGCACGACUGGGGCAAGCAGUAGCACCACGACGGCUGCCAUUGCUGUGAGCCGAAGGGGAUUGUCGAUGGGGUUGAUGUGAGCCAUCAAGGGGUGACUGCAUAUCGAAGAAGAAGGAAAAAAAUCGGAAGGGGCUGUAAAGGUGUGAGAAGCGCCGCGUACCGUUUGUGGGUGGGUGUAGUAAUCGGUAAAAUCAUAGUGUGAGUGUUUUUCUUAAAAAAAAGGUUUACAUACAUCGGCAUCGGAAUCUGUCGCAGAAAGGAUCCAAUCCUAGAGCCAGCCAGUGUAAAGUUAAUAACAGUGCCGGGAGUUGAUCUCUCUUCCGCGUGUGUCUGUGUGUGUGCGUGUGGGGAUAGAUUUCCCAUUGGGCUCCCUCCACCUUCACCCACUUGUUUUCCCCCAAGCAUGGAAUAACAGUGCACUCUGCUCUGCUGAAGGGAAAUUCGUGGCCGUGUGUUUGUGUAUGUGUUUGGUGAAGUAGUAUCCUAUUGAUUCAGUUACUUGCAGAGCAGCAUAUUGCAAGGAAACAGCGGAAGGAAAUUGUUCCAAACCGUACAGUUAAAGACGUCGGCGUGGUUCUUAUACAGGGUGGAAAACCUCGUCAUAUUCCUUUGUGUCUCGUGUGUGUGUUGUGUCCGUGUGCGUUCGUUGUUGUAGGGGAGUGGUGUUGAACGUGUUUUGCUUCGAACGAGAAGCAUAGUGUGUGUGUGAAGUGUUGUUGUGUGUGUGCGUGUAGCACGGAUCGUAAGCACAAUGAUACCGGCAAAAGGAUUUCUUCUAACUCUGCUGGUGCUGGUUGCUAGCAGCAGUUUCCAUGGCCAUCUCCAGGUGAAAGGUGAAAAGUAUGAGGACGACGACGACUACUACGACUCAAGAGAACGUGUGCUGGAAAACUCAUACCACGGGCUGAUAAAGGAAAAUGAAACAUUCGUCGAGAUCACGCCACUAAUCAAAGUCGAUGAGACGAAAAUCUGUGGCUUUCACAUAAUCAAAAAGAACAAGGAGAUUCCCUUUCAGAUUGAGCUUGUCAAUGAGCUUGGCAUCCUGAAAGCGAAAAAGACACUGAACUGCGAAAAGCGGAAAAAUUACAAAUUUGACAUUACGGCCGUUUUUUGUGAUGGAUCACAUUCGAAAAGCGCGAGCGUGCACAUCUCCGUGAUUGACAUUAAUGAAUAUUCGCCAACAUUCCUGCAGCCCUCGUACGUCACCGAGGUUGACGAGGGUCGCCUGUACCAGGAGAUCAUCCGCGUGGAAGCUACGGACAAGGACUGCACGCCACUGUUCGGUGAUGUGUGCAAGUACGAGAUCCUCACCAACGACCAACCGUUCACCAUCGAUAACGAGGGUUCGAUACGCAACACGGAACCACUGUCGCACAAAAUCUCGCACAACCACAUCCUCUCGGUGGUCGCGUACGACUGUGCCAUGAAACAGUCCGCCCCGGUCAUGGUAAACAUUCGCGUGCGACGUGUCUGCGAAGCGCACGUUAUGGGAGUGGCGGAGCGUAUCGACUACGUUGCCAACUCGAUGGAGAGUGUAUCGCUGUUUCCGAAGAUUCAUCUCGAGCUGUGCGACAUGCAGUGCAAGGGUGAAGAUAUGGUAAUCCAGUCAUCGGUUUCACUCAAAACUAAGCACAUCUCGUUCGGCUGUGACCGUGACGCAACGCAGUGUCUGCGUCGGCUGAGCGAGAACGGACCGCAGCGGGAUGGUAACGGCGGUGACACAUCCGGAUUGGUCGAUUUGCUGCAGAAGAAUACCGACUGGACGAAGGACCUGACGUACGAUGAGGGUGCGGAAGCGAUCUUCCACUUCGAUGGAAGCUCGGGUGCGAUCGUGCCGAAGAAUGUGGUCCAACCGCAGGACUUUGCCGCCCAUCAGUUCAGCAUCGUUACGAUGUUCCGCCAUCAUAGUAUUGCGACCAGUGACAAGCACACCAAGGAGCACAUCGUGUGCAGUGCGGACGACCACAAGAUGAACCGACACCAUAUGGCACUGUUUGUGCGUAACUGCCGUUUGAUUUUGCUGCUGCGCAAGGACUUUAACGAUGGAGAUUUGAACAUCUUCAGCCCGGCCGAAUGGCGCUGGAAGAUUCCGCAGGUGUGCGAUAACGAAUGGCACCACUACACGAUUAAUGUCGAUCUGCCGAAGGUGGACCUGUACAUCGAUGGCAUUCGGUUCGAGAGCAACGUUGAGGAUCGUCACAGCAAUCCGGAGGUGAUUGACGAUUGGCCGCUGCAUGCGGCGCACGGCAUUAACACCACGCUUGCGAUUGGCGCUUGCUACCAAGGUUCGGAGAAUCGUCUCAAGCAUGGGUUCAGUGGUGACAUUGCGGAAAUUAAGCUGUCCACCAGGAAGGUGCUAACGGCGAAUCAGAUCCGCUGUGGAACGGAUUGUGCGGAGAAGCUUCUGACCCCGCCCGAUCACUUCCUCGAACCGGAGCAGCAGAUCCAAUCGAACACCCAGAUGAACAAGAUCAUCAUCGAGGGAAGCAACAAGACGAACAUCGAGCAACUACUGCAACAGAUUCAGUACAUCAACUCGAAGGAAAGUCCCACGAUCGGACGCCGCAACAUUCAGGUAAUGACGACGGUUAGCUGCCCGAACAAGAAGGCUAUCCGUUUACCGACGAUCGAUACGUACAUUAUGGUUAGUGCGGCAAACAACCUGUCCGGUGGUAGCAUGCUAUCAUCCUCCUCGUCCUCUUCGUCCGGGCUGUACAACAAGAUUCUGGUCGACAAACCACUUGCAACCGAUCAGAAACCACAGAUCGUGAUCAGUGGCAACUCGAACCAUCUCGUGUCCUACCCGGACAUUAAGGAGGGUGUAAAGAUUCUGGCCCAGAUCAAUAUCAGCGUUUACACCGGCAAGGACAUUCGGCCCGAGCUGCAGAAGCUUGACUCGUGCAACGUGAACGUGUUCCCGAGCCUCAACCCAGACCACGAGGAGAUCACGAUCGACGAUAAGGAUGGGGCGGAUGAGUCGCUGUUCAAGUUCGACAUCAAGACCCAGAUCAGCAAGGAGGGCGUGGAGAUGAUCGGUUACGACACCAUCGAGAACUAUCAGCACGUGCUGAAGUCGCUCGUCUACAUCAACAAGAAGCCGGCCUACUAUCUGAACCGGGUGUUCAAGCUGACCUGCUCCCAGGUGGACGAUCAUUUCCGCAGCGCGGAGUACACGCUCACCCUGACGGUGCUGCAUCCGAAACAGCAGCCCACCUCGUCGAUCGCUUCCGCUGCACCGUCCUCGAACGUUCUGCUUGCCAUCUCGACGGCACCCUCGGAGCAACAUCCAGCCGUUGCCGUUGAUUCACAUGACAACACGAACCAGUACGCACACGCGAUGCUCCACUCGCACGAUGUCCAGGAAUCACAAUCCAAAGUGCGCAGCAGUGGUGGCGCCGCACUGCUCGGCCACGAGAAGCUUGCCUCGUCGCACUCGACCAUGUUGAUCGUGGUCAUAUGUGCAUCGUUCGUGCUGCUUAUCUGCGGUGUCGGCAUUGCUCGUCUUCGCAAUAGCAACGCUGCGAUGGCCGGCGGUGCAAGCGGUGGCCACGGUGGAGCGGGCAGUGCUGGCGGUGCGUUUUCGCGCAACCUGACCGACAAGCACCUGCCGUGCCCGAAGGUGGCCCCCGACCAGCAGCUCGAUUGGGACGAUUCGGCGCUAACCAUCACCAUCAACCCGAUGCAGCAUGACACGCUGUCGGACGAAAGCUCCGAGUCGGAAAAUUCGGACUCCGAGGAUGAGGAGGUGCUGAACGGGCGCUACAAAAACGUCAGUCAGCUCGAGUGGGACAACUCCACAAUCUAAAUGAAUAUAUCAAAUAUUUUAAAGUAUGGCAGAUUUAUUACAACAUCAACCAACCAACACAACCAAGAGAGCGCAUUUGCAAAAUUCCCUUCCCUGCCUGCAUUAUAUCAAACACCGAGACGGACGCAGUAGAAGCAGCAGCAGCAGCCGCCGCCGCCACCAUUCAUUUGAAGCAAACCACCCUUCCCAGUACCCGUACUACAGGCUUAAAACACCUCUAUAUGUAUAUCUGAAUAUAUAUAUAAAUUAUAUCAACAGCUAUACUCUCUCAUGCAUACAACAAAAGAACCUAACCCAUGGAAAAGAAAAAAAAAACAAAAAACCCACAACAGACCACAACCACAACCUGUGUCCGCACAUCCAACACAUCUCUCAGUAUUGCGGUGCAAUUAAAGGACGUACCAAAACCGGUCCACUCUUGGGGCCACGGGCAACAAAGUCUAAUAAUUCCCCAAAUUCGGGAAAUCCAUCCCUUUCUAAUGCCACCCGUCCCAGUGAGAGUAAACACACCCUCAACAACGAUGUCCAUGGUCACUUGCAGUCAUCUUUCCGCCUCUGUCCGGUUAGCCGAACAUUGCAAAAUUUAGAAAAAAAACAAUCGCGAUGUACUUACCAGCCAGGUUGCAAACCUGACGUGCGCGUGCAUAUGUGCAUAUGCAAAUGAGUCGUAAAACAAAUGCAUCCCCAACACCGCCAUCAUCAUCAUCGUCAUCACCACCAAAAUUCAUUAAAAAAACUCCAUCUCCAUUUUGUUUUGUGUGUGUGUGUGGGGAAGAAACAGGUUGGCACACAGACAGACAGAGAGAGACAUCUGUCCCGCAUUCAUUGAAUCUAGAAAAGCAGCUUAAUAAUGAUGAAACAAAAAAGGAUUCUAUAUUAUUAAAAUAAAAAAAAAGCAAAAAUCUACAACAGAGAAACAAACAAGUAGCUAUUAUAUACAGUAAAAGCGAAAAACGGAAGGAAGAAAAAUAGGAAAGAGGACGAAAAAAUGGAAGCAAGAAUAGAUAAGGGUGAGACAGAGAGAGAGAGAGAAGAGGAAAGGUAGCGAAGAUUAAACGUAAAACGUAAAGUGUGUGUGUAAUAGUGUGUGAGAUGUAUAAAAUUGAUUUAAAAAACACAAAGCAAACAAACAAGGAUAUAAAAUGGAGAAAACCGAAAGGGAUGAGUAAACAAGAGGAGAGAUACAUUAUAAUGCAACAACAACAGUCCGUCUGCGUGUGUGUGUGUGUAAUGAUGUGUAUCUGUUUUUUUUUUGUGUGUGUCGUGUCCCAGUGGUGCAGGACACAAGGACGAGUGGCAAAAGGCCAACCAGACACACACACACACUAAGCGCGUAUAUUUGUACGAUUAGCAAAUGAGAGGAUAGCCAGAACACACCACCACCACCACCCAAGAGACAGAGAGAACAUUUUAUGAUAAGAAGACGACUAAAGCUGCUAUCAUUAGUACUUAUCGCCCCUAUUACUCAACUUUUCCUGUGUGCUCCCACAACUACUACUACUACAACUACUACCACCCCUUCAGCAAUAGAAGUGAGGCACUGCGAAAGUGUGUUGCAGCUUUUCUGGCCUCCCGCGUCGAAAAUAACAACGAGCCGACAUUUACUUCUGUGCCGGUGCGCGGACAAUUCGAAAACAAUAACGCCACAAUGGACCCACGAACUAUGAGUGUCAGUGUUUUGUAUGUAAGGGACCUUAACCGAACAGUUGGGACAGCAUGUUGCUUCAGCAAUUAAUGGACAACACAUGACCGCACAACAAGGAUCAGCAACGCAAUCGCUUCGAGAGGUGUCUGUAAGGGCGCUGUUAAGGAUAACUUCUGGUGAUUUUUUUGACUUCGGUUAGAAAAAAGCUAACAAAAAAAGAGGAACAAGAAAAAAGGAAACAGAUAGAUUAUGAGCAAAUCAAAUAGAGCGGGAACUCAUCGAAUGACAAACGUUUUCUGCCAUUUUGUUUUAGGUCCAGGAGGUUAAUUGCACCGUUUUUUUUUUUGGCAGGUAAUUACUUAAUUGCCGAAUGUGUGUGUGUGUUCGUGUGUGGCACAGUUUCAUAGGAACCGAAUGGCAGCUUUUUUUUUAAAUAUUUUAUUCCUUUUUUUAAAUACUUUAGGAAUUUUAUUUUUGCGUUACAAAAACGGGAAAGACGGUUUUAGAGAGUUUAUAGGGUUUUUUAUCCCCCUUUUUUUUUCUUUCUCCCCAGUAGGACUUCCAGUUAAUGCGUUAAUAUCGAUUUUAAACAUAAUUUAGAAGGAAAAUAUGGGGUUGGUGUUUAGCUGGUGCGCUCAUCCCACAGUUACAAAAUCAUCCAUUGCUUUGGUGUAAAUUUUAAAACCACAUUCUGCUGUAAGCACGUGAGAGCGGUCACAUUUGAGAGAGAGUGAGAGAGAGGGAAAAAUCCGCGAUUUCUGCCAUUUCAACUGUCGAAAGGGAAUGGCGCACAGAAACGGAAGUAUUGUAAGAAUGAAAUAAAGAAGCGUUGAACACAAACAAGAGUAAGGCGCGCACACACACAGCCGAGCGACUCGAACUGAACCGUACGGAUAAUAUCCGGUGAAAGAAGUGCUUGCGGAAUUUUCAAAAAAAAAACAUGGCGGCAGCUGGUGUCGCAGGACAAACGGUAGUGUAUGCUGGGUAGUAGUAGUGGUGUAGUGUGUAAUUAACACCUGCGGGGUAGUAGCACAAUUAAAAUCCCAAUAACCAUCGCCAUACCUCCUCCCUCCAUCACGAUGCUAUUCCUCUCCUUUCCACACUCCCCAAUUUCUUCUUCCCUGCCUAAAGACACUCACACACAUAUCGUAUUUACGCGGUAGGCUUACUUUAGCGAAAUGUAAAACGGAAAGGGCUAAGCAAACACCCAAAACCAAUCUUGUACUCACGCAAUGUGUCCAUAUACGUGUACGUGUGCAUGUGCGUUUGAGUGUUUGAGAGACACACACACACAGAAACGGACACACGCCCAAGGAAGACCAGAAGUCGUCAAACACACAACUAAAUAAUAAGCGAAGCAGAAAAAUCCUUUCCAUUAGUUUUUACCCCUUGCUUAUUCUUGUUUCCUCUUAAAUAGACGGGGGGCCGAACGCGCCCAGAAAAGUCCACAAAAUGGCGCCAUGUCUCGUAUAUUGUUAGUGGUGUAGUAGUGCGCUUGAUUCUCGCCUUUUCUUUUCUCCCUUUUCUUUGCUUUUCUUGUCUCCCAUUUUGUUCCGUUCCGAUGCGCAAGAGUUAACGUGCAAAUAAAAGAAACAUGAUUUCAUCCUUUAAAAAUAAAACAAAAAGAAUUACACAAAACCGAAACCGUGGAAGCGUAAAAUGGAUUGUAUGAAACGAGAACGCAGAAAAUAUCACCAAACCCCAGGCUUACUUAGCUUCGUUCCGCACAUCCGGUUUUGGGCGUUGGUAUCCAAUUUAUGUUCUGACAGCUGUCAGUGCGUGACAACAGCUGUCAGCGUCUGACAAGCUACACACCCUAAGUGGAUGAUGUUACAAUCAAAGUAGUCGUCGUCGGUUGUUAAUGUUAUGCCCACAGCCACACUCCACUCUCCUUCUCUCUAUCACUCACACAUCUCAGAAACCGUCCAAGAUGGCGCGCACAUAAAUGGUGAAUAGAAAAAAGAAAACACACACACACAGACACACAAACCAGCGAAAUGAAACGUAACAAAACACGUACACAUGUUUGCUAUUGUUUCACCAUCGGCUUGUUUCAAACAGCAAAAAAACAGAUGUAGCAUGUAAUGUGUGUGUGUGUGUUUGUAUGAAUGUCUGUGUUGUAGUGAAAAUUCUGUUUGAUGGCAAAUGUAUUUCUUUGCAAAAGAAAGUUAGUAAAAGUAAAAAGUCAUAACGAUUUUUCGAAAGAAGUAAAAUAACAAACACAAAUUGCAAAAAUGCUUAUAAUACUAACAGAAAAGUGAGUGUGUAUAUUACAGCAAAUUUUGAAGCAGAUUCUUUUCCUUCUUUUUUGUUUCUUUUUUUGGUUUGUAUUACUUUAUUUAAAAUCAAAUACGGAUCUUACUACAAGAACCGAAAAGAAAGAGAAAAAGGUUACAGAAGAAAAAAAUAAAACAUUGUAACUCUUUAAGAAGAAAGCUAAAACAUAAUACAAGAACAAAAUAUAAUCCAACACCACUGAAGAGAAAAAGAGUGCUUAACAAAACAAAACAAAAAAACACUCAGUAAACAUAUUGCUAUAGGCAGGAAAAUAUAAAAAACUGAAUGUAUUUUUUUUUGGUGUGGUUAUUUAAUAGAAAACAACUUACAACAACAGGAAAAAGACGGAGCAAAGCAGAGAGAAAGGAACAGUACGGAAAGUAGUAACUGGAACUAGGUUGAUGUGAAUGUUGUUGAGUUAAUAGCAAGAUAAAAGCGGGAAAGCGGUAAAAGACAUAAAAGAAGAGGAAAAAACACAGAUAGUAUAUAUAUACACACACACGGACACAAUUAUCUAUAAAUAUAUAUAAAUAGUUGAGUCAUACACUGCAAACAAAAACCACACAAACAUAUACAAAGUAUAAAAGAAAAGUAAUAAAUGGCUUGUUUUUGUUCUGUUUUUGCAUAUAACUUGUAACUCUGCAUAAAGAAAAAGUGGAAGACGAAAAACGAAAAGCAUACGCCACAGAGGAAAAUGUAGGAUAAAAUGAGGAACGAGAGCAACAGUAGUAAACGCUCUGAAUAUGUUUGGUGAAAGGAAUGGAUCUAGAGCUAGUUCUAAAGCAUAGAUGACCGUGAAUGGGAGGAAAAGCGGUUUAACUUAAGUUUCCAUCCAUUUUCCGCCAUGAUAAAUGUAAGGAAAGAGCUUCAAAGGAAUGUUUCAGCACUUGUAUUUUUCAAAUCCUCAAACUCUGGUUUUCAGCCAUUCCCAAAUGUGUGCAACAGCAAAAAGUUGUCUAAAUCUUUCCUCAAGUUCCAUAGAUAGACGCAAACCUGCCAGAAAUAUGGACAGAAAAGAAAAGGUAAAGUGGAAAAAAA